AUGCGCUCCUUUUUCUCAGCACCAAUAUGCCCGUCAUGCCUAUUCGCAGCAAGCAACCCAACAGUCUUUCAAAGCGUCUAUCGGCCAUGGGUGACGGCGCAACAACGAUUCUUCUCUGGCCGAGCGAGAGCUAGUCCUUCGAGGAUGGUCCUGUCCGAUCGUGUCGCACGCGCUCCCCGAAGAGAUACAGAUAGUGAUGGUCGUGGAAGUAGAAGACCCACUCAAAGAUCGGCAGGACCGUUUGGCGGCAUGAAUCAAACGUACGCCGGCAUACGGGAACGAAUACCAGAAAGGACAUCUCGAACAAGUGAGAUUAGGGGCGGUAGAGAAAAGAAGGGUGAUAGAAAGGACGACCGGCGAACGAAAGCUAUGAAGAUGCAAAGCUCCUUAGCCACAAUUUCAUAUGGCCACAGAACACGGACGAAAGCGAGCGUAGCCGAGAUAGAAUCAUUCGAACAAUUCGAACUGUUACCCUCGAUAAAAGAAGCCAUGUCUCAAGAUGUGCUCAAAGGCAUGGUAGACUUAAAACCCACUCCUAUUCAACGACUCGCGAUUCCUACACUUUUAGGUCAGGACACUAGUCGACGAUCCUCUCGGGGGAAAGAUAGCAACAAGAGGCAAGAAUUUCUAUUGGCAGCUGAGACGGGUUCGGGCAAAACGCUAGCCUAUCUGCUACCCGUGAUAGAUGCUCUUAAGAAGGCCGAAGCAUCUGACCCUGCCAUCGCGGCCUAUCGGGAAUAUUUCGAUAAGCAGAUGGCGGCAAUGAAGGAACCAGGAUACACUGGCCCCCGAGAAUUCGAUCCUCAUCCGACUGCUGCACGACCAAAAGUCGUCGUGUUAGUGCCAACAGCUGAGUUAGUUGACCAAGUAGGUCAUGUUGCAAAGGCACUGUCACAUAUUGUGAAGUUUAGGACUAGUAUAUUCUCUGCCAACGUCUCCGCAAAGGUUAUCAAUGCGACCAUGUACUUGCCUACUGGCAUCGAUCUUAUUGUGGCAACACCUCAUUUACUGUCAUCGAUGGCAGACUCGGAUCCUAACAUCCUAUCUAGAGUUACUCAUUUAGUAGUUGAUGAAGCCGACUCACUUUUCGAUCGCAGCUUUUCACCUGUGACGACGGCCAUUUUAGACCGUGCGUUACCAUCUAUGAAGCAACUCAUCCUUUGCUCUGCUACUAUUCCAAAGAGGCUCGAUAACUACUUAGGUUCUGAAUUCCCAGAUAUGGUCCGGAUUACUACGCCAAAUCUCCACGCUAUUCCUCGACGCGUUCAACUAGGAGUCAUUGACGUAUCUAAGGACCCUUAUCGAAAUAGUAAAGACCUUGCUUGUGCCGAUGCAAUCUGGUCUAUCGGAAAGGAUGCCGUCCGACACGAGAGCUCCGUACCUGGAGAGGUCGAUGUCAAGCGCAUCAUGGUAUUUGUAAAUGAGCGCGAGAAGACCCAAGAGGUUGCUGACUACCUCGUCUCCAAGGGUAUUGACGCUGUUGCGCUACACCGGGACACCUCAGAUCAACGUCAAUCUGAGAUGCUGGGUUCGUUUACAACUACCGCGCCAAUGAAAACCACAUUCGCAACAUCCACUGUACCACCCCCAGGAAAGGGACGAAGAAGUUUGCCUAAUACCAAAGUCAUCGUGGCUACAGAUUUGGCCUCGAGGGGUAUUGAUACCCUGGCGGUUCGACAUGUGAUAUUGUACGAUGUGCCACAUAACACCAUCGAUUUUAUACACCGCUUAGGACGUGCUGGUCGCAUGGGUAGGAGAGGAAGAGGUGUUGUGUUAGUCGGCAAGGACGACAGGCGAGAUAUCGUUGCUGAGGUCAGAGAAAGCAUGUUCAUGGGCCAGGCACUUAUAUAA